AUUUACAGUUAGACCAGACCGUCCAUUCACCUUUCGGCGGCAGAGAAGAGAGGGCCAAAAAGAAAUCCUCCAUUAAUACUCCAAAUUUUCGUGAGCACACAGAUCUGUGGUGCCCAAAUCGUCUAUCCCUAACUUGAUCGAGCAAGGAUGGAUGAGAAUUUGGUCAAGAGGUUGGAAUCCGCGGUUGCGCGGUUGGAGGCGCUGUCCGCCGGAGGAUUUCGCCAGGGAGACGGCGGCGAUGCGACGGCGGCGGAUCCUUCCAUUGUCGCGUUUGAAGAUCUGAUUUCGGAGUACGUACAAAGAGUUACUACCGCUGGGGAGAAGAUUGGAGGACAGGUUCUGGAUGUGUCCAAGAUUAUUGCUGAAGCGUUUUCUGUGCAGAAGGAGCUGCUGGUUAAAGUCAAGGAAACUCAGAAACCUGAUAUGGCAGGGUUGGUGGAGUUCCUAAAGCCAUUGAAUGAAGUGAUGGCGAAGGCUUCGGCAUUGAGUGAAGGAAGGCGAUCUGAUUAUUUCCAUCACUUGAAAACUGGUGCUGAUAGUCUGUCUGCUUUGGCAUGGAUUGCUUAUACAGGAAAAGAUUGUGGUAUGAGCAUGCCUAUUGCACAUGUUGAAGAAAGUUGGCAAAUGGCAGAGUUCUAUUGUAACAAGAUUCUUGUGGAGUACAGAAACAAAGAUGCUAAUCAUGUUGAGUGGGCAAAGGCUUUGAAAGAGCUCUAUAUACCGGGUUUGCGGGAUUAUGUCAAGAGUCAUUACCCACUCGGUCCUGUAUGGAGUAUGACAGGGAAGAAAGCAGCCCCAGCCCCAGCCAAAGCUCCUGCUCCAGCUGCUCCCGCUCCUCCCCCGCCUCCACCUGCAUCACUUUUCACUUCUGAAACAAGUCAACCAUCCUCAUCACGCCCAAAGGAAGGGAUGUCUGCUGUUUUCCAGGAAAUUAAUUCUGGAAAGCCUGUUACUUCUGGCUUGAGAAAGGUUACUGAUGAUAUGAAAACCAAGAAUCGUGCUGACAGAAGUGGUGUCGUUACACUCUCUGAGAAAGAAGGCCGGGCUGCUUCACCUGCUUUCUCAAAGGCAGGACCUCCUAAAUUGGAACUUCAAAUGGGCCGCAAAUGGGUGGUUGAGAAUCAAAUUGGAAGAAGCAAUUUAGUAAUUGACGACUGUGAUGCAAAACAGUCUGUUUAUGUCUACGGAUGCAAAAACUCUGUUCUACAGAUCCAAGGAAAGGUAAACAACAUAACUGUUGACAAGUGCACAAAAAUGGGUGUUGUAUUCAAGGAUGUUGUGGCUGCUUGUGAGAUUGUCAAUUGCAAUGGCGUGGAGGUGCAGUGUCAGGGCUCAGCUCCUACAAUAUCGGUAGACAAUACAUCGGGCUGCCAGUUGUACUUGAGCAAAGAUUCUCUUGCUACUUCUAUAACAACAGCAAAAUCGAGUGAAACCAAUGUUUUGGUGCCCGGCUCUGAUCCAGACGGCGAUUGGGUGGAGCAUGCUUUGCCUCAACAAUAUAUUCACGCAUUCAAGGACGGGCAAUUUGUGACGACUCCGGUGUCCCACUCGGGAGCCUAAACCAGAGGUCAGAUUUUCAUAUGUGCUGUGUGCGUGGCCAGGUUGGGAUUGUUCUUGUUCUUUCAUUUAUUUGCACAAUCAAUACAUAUAUGAUGUUUGAUAAAUUGAUGGUGAUGCUGUGUUUUUUUUGGGAGGAGUUGUAUUUGGCUGCUGUUGUUAAUGUGCGCAGAGAGAGAGAGACCCCUAGCUUGAAUUUGCGAUGUGUUUUUAGGCAAAUGAAUUGGUUGGUUGGUAUGCCAUGAAUUCUAUUGACUGCA